AUGAAGCUGCUCUCGGCCUCACCCGCUCUCCAGACAACCACGACGCCCGCGCCGGCGCACGCGGUACUCCUCGUCGAGCGGGUGCUGCUGAUCGCCUCCACGCUGGGUGGAUCGGAUGCUGGUGACGACGCCACCACGUCGCAACUCGGCACCGUCGACUUGAGCCAUCUGGGCAAGAAGCACAAGCCGACAACUCGCCACGCACGGAGCAUCGAGUCGAUGCGCAAGCUCAUCUCGUCGUUGAAGUUCCAGGUCGAGUUUGCCAAUGUCAAGGCCAACGACCGCGACGCGCUCGCCAAGCAGCUCAAGCUCGAGCGCGGCGAGUUCCUCCGUGAGCGCCGCAUCUUCACCGCACGCUACUCCAAGCUUGAGGACAAGCUCAACAAAGCGCUUGCCGAGCGCGAGGACGUGCUUCUCCAGCUCAUGUCUGCGCGGAACGCCCUCGCCUUUAAGGAGGCCGAGAUGGCGACUCUCCGUGCAGACGUCGAGCAGGAGAAGAAGGCGUGGCGGACAGAGCUCGGCCGCAUGAAGGCCACUCUUGUCAACGACAACCAGAUCAAGGAGAUCAUCUACUCGCGAAACCUCGAGCGCGAGAUGAACCGCGGCUCGCUCCUCUCCUCGCAGCGCCCGUCGACCUCGGUCGAGACUGCCAUCGUCCUCUCGCGCUGGAUGACUAAGGAUGUCCGCGGCGGCACCGGUGGCCCGACCGACGGCGACGGCGAGCUCUCCACCCUCGAGCUCGCUCUCCAGCGCAUUCAAGAGGUGACCGGCGAGCAGAACCUCGAUCUUGCCCUCGCCCAGUUUGUCAACGUCGACGACUCCAACAAGGACCUUGUCUCCCGCCUCCACACCGCCCAGCAGGACCUGGCCGCUGCCAAGGAGGCCAACACCCAGCUCCAGCGCCAGCUCGAACGUCACUCGUCGGCUUACGACUCGUCCUCGCUCAAGAAAAUCUCCCGCAUCGAGAACAAGGUCCACAUUCUCGAGUCGGAAAAGUCCUCGCUCGCCGCACAGGCCUCGUCCUACCGCAAGCUCUUCCUCUCGCUCCGAGCCGCGCUCUUCUCCAUGUGCAAGUCUGCCAACGCCAUCGACGACUCGAUCGCCUCGUCCAAGGACGACAUCACAGAGGCGAACAUUAUGAUGUUUGUCGGCCUCCUCGACGAGCGCCUCACAAACCUGCUCAACCGCCGCGCUCCCACUGUCAUCCAGACCGCCCUCGGCGAGACCGUCACUCUCGGCGCGCAGAACAACGUCAUCUCAGAGGCUGCUCGUGCCUGGUUUGACGCCUCCUCCCACGCCACGCGUGACGAGUUUUGGGAGAACGCAGAGCGCAUCCUCCACCAUCACCUCGAUGAUGACGACGACGACUACGAUGACGACAACCUCGAACAGGGCCUCCACGCCGCCUCGGCUGCUGCUGCCGCCGCUGCUGCUGCUGCCUCCACCUCGCCCUCGUCCUCACCCACCACUGCAGAGCCGGUCCCCAUCGCGGUCACCUCGCCGCCGUCGUCGCCGGUGGAAGGCUCGUCCUCGCCGCCACCCGACGACUCUACUCUGUCUCCGCCAGCCGCCACGCCUGACGACGCUGCGUCGCAGGCCGCCGCCGCUCGCCGCGCCAUCCUCGAAUCGACGCCUUCGUCGCUCGAGCUUCGCAAGAAAAUGCGCCGCUCGCCGUCCCAGCGCAACAUGCACUCGAUGCGUGUCCCGGGCCGCACGCCCUCGGUUGCCUUUGCCCAUCCAUCGUCCUCCUCCCGUGCCAUCACCGCCUCGCCCGACACCUUUGCUGCCUUAACCAAAGGCAAGGGCAAGUCACCGUCGGCCUCGCUCGCCACCGCCCUCCGCCGCGCUCGAAAAAACGACCGCGCAAAGGCCGCCGCCCGCCGCCGCGCCGUCGCCGCAGCCGACUCCCCGGCCGUCCAACUUUCAAGUGCAUCCGAGCCGCUCACCAAACCAGACGCCUCGGAUCGCUCAGACUCGGUCGCCUCGCGCUCACGCUCCAGCUCGCGUGCAGACGACGACGACAACCUGCCCGACGCUGCCGCACUUGACGCCUCUGACCAGGUCCUGACCCGCGGCAUGCUUCGCAAAAAGGCCGAGCGCGAUCUCCAACGCGUCCUUCACGGCAAGCGCAAGCCCAGUGCGCCGCAACGCGCUGCCUCGCUCGCCCCCGGCCCACCGCCGUCGUCGUCACGCCGCCGCGCUCACACGUCGACGAGCUCGACCGGCGGCGCUGAUGACGACGGGAAGAAGGGCAAGAAGAGCAAGAAGAAGGAGAAGAAGAAGAAGGAGAAGAAAAAGGCCAAGGCCAAGGGUAAGGGCAAGGACGAAUCAGCCGAUGGUGCGGUCACGGCAGCAUCGCCCGCAACCCCGCCGUUGCGCUCGGCCAAGUCGUCCAUCUUGGCCCGCCUGCCCGACAAGGCCAUCCGGGUCCAGGUUGCGCGCAAUGGCUCGCUGAGCAAAGUGGUGGCGCUUGCAGUCACUUCGCUUGACGAGCUUCUCCGCGAGGCGACGGUGAAGCUCGAGAUGGAGCGGGCCGCGUUCAAGAUUUUCAACGCCAAGGGCGAGGCUGUGGCCGACGUCCGGAGCCUGGCCACUGACGAGCUGGUCUUCUGCUCGAUGGGCGAGGCGUGGCGGAGUCCCGACGAGACCGGUAUCCGCGCCACGCCGGCCGUCAAGGUCAGCGAGCGGCUCAUUCCCGAGUCGUCGGCCCGGGUUGUUGUCUUCCGCAACGGCAUCCACCACCUCGGUGCACACCUUGCCGGCCGUUCUGUGGCCGAUAUCCUCGCCCAAGCGACGGUCAAGCUUGACAUGGCCCCGCGCGCCAAGCGGCUGUUCAUUGCCGACGGCCGUGAGGUCGUUGACUCACUCGACGACGAGGCUGCCGCAGCCGAGCCGGCUGCGCUCGUUCCCUCGCCGGAGCUAGUUGCCGUCAACCCGGUCCCGCAUGAGGGCCGUGCUCCUACCCCAUCACGCCGCCGCUCAGCAUCGCCCACCAAGCGCCGCCGCGCCCCGCCGCCCGGUUCGCCCUCGGCGCCGCCCAUGGAGUGCAUGCCUGUUCGCGAAAAGCCCGAGGCUGGCCAGUAUUUUGUCGACAGCUCUGACGAGGCCAAGGCCAUUGCGUCGGCCACCAAGGUGGUUCUCUCGUCGCUCCUCAAGAACGAGCAUGUGUGGGCGACGUCCGGCGGGCCGUUCCAUGACUUCCGCGACCCCGAGCCCAUCAAGCCGGCUGUGCGCCCCAUCGCCAGCGAUCACCGCUUGCUGCGCAAACCCAAGCGCCACUUUUACGCCCACCAGAACGGCUUUGCCAUCGGCCGCGGCACCGAAGUCCGCGUCGUCGGCGCCGACUUUGACGAAGUCAUCGAGCUCGCUACGCUCAAGCUCGAGCUGGCAACUCCCGGCAAGCGCAUCUUUCUCGCCGGCGGCGUCGAGAUCAUCCCCUCGCUCGAGGCGCUGCCCAAGGACAAGCGCGAGGUUGUCCGUCGUCGCUGGGACCGCCGCGCUGCACGCUCGUCGCUCGGUGUCGCCGCCGAGCAGCAAGAGGAACUAAGCGAUACUAGCAGCGCCAAGGCCGACGGGGCGGUCGAGGCCGACGGGGCCGACAACGCCAUCGAUGACGCCAAUGCUGCAAAGAUCUCAAAGUCCAAAUCAAAGUCCAAGUCCAAGUCCAAGUCCAAGGGCAAGGGCAAGGGCAAGGGCAAGGGCAAGGGCAAGGCCAAGUCCAAGUCCAAGUCCAAGGGCAAGGGCAAAUCCAAGGCCAAGUCCAAGUCCAAGUCCAAGUCGCAAUCACUGUCGCAGUCCCAGUCGCAGUCUCACGCCGCCAACGUCCCUCGCGUCGACGACGCAUCAUCAGGCACACCGUCGCCGCCGAGCAGCUCGCGAUCAUGCGGCGCUGACGACGCAGACAAAGCAGACGCCGGCAACAGACCAGGGCACGAGUCUGGCUCCGCUUCCGACACGUCCGACGACGAGGUUCGUUUUGUGCUUUUCGAUGACGUCCCGCUCGGCUCACACAUCUGGGUCUCUCAGGGCGAGCCGUACCGCGACCCGAAGCGUCGCGGCAUCAUGUCGACGGUGCGGCGGAUGGAUGACGACCACAUCCUCGCGCAGCACAAGCACAUGCGGCGGCUGGUUGUCCUCAAGAAUGGCGAGCGGCUGUUCCGUGAAGGCGUCCGGGUUGUUGGCGAAAAGGUCGAGGAGAUCCUGUACUCUACCCAGCACAAGAUCACUCUACACGGCCUCGCCUCGCGCCUGUUUGUCGAGGACGGCCGCGAGGUGGUUGACCGCCUUGUUCCCGGCGCCGCGCGCCCGGCCCGGGUCCCGGACGCCGCACACCUUGAGGAGAUCCUCGCCGGCCGCAGUCCAGCCUCUCCAGACAAAGCACCUGCCGACGCCGGGUCCGAGCCCGGUGCCGACGGCGAGCCCAACUCCGCCGCUGCCUCGGCGCGACUCCAGAAGGGCAGGGGCAAGGACGGUAAGCGGCGCCGCGAAAAAACAUCGGGCCUCAUCCGGCCCAAGGCCACCGUCAAGACCGUCGAGCGAGUCAAGGACGUCGACAUCUUCCUCUCGCCCGACUUUACCGUCAUGGACCGAGUCGGCCCGCCGACCUCGUGUGUCGCGCUCGCCGACCUCGAGUCCGAGGCCGUCGCUUGGGUCUCGUGCGGCGAGACCUUUGUCCCACUCAUGCAGUCGUUCCGAGAGAAGAGCUCCACCAUUGUGCGCCUCCCGUCCGACCAUCGCCUUGUCCGCAAGGCCAAGACAAGAGUCUGUGUCUUCCGCAACGAGGGCCUCACCCGCGGCUCGGGCCGGCUCAUCGUCGGCGGCUCCAUCAAGGAGCUCCUCGACGAGGCCUCGGCCAAGCUCGAGCUCGCAUACCCAGCUCGCUAUCUUUUUGACGAGGACGGCAAGCUCCUGCUCACCAUGGACGACAUCGAGAAGGACUCCAAGGUAUACGCCUCGCCUGUCCGCGAGUUCCGCGCCGGCGGCGCUCGCUCGUCGUCAAGUAAGUCGCCCUCGCGCAAAUCGCUCCCGCGGAGCGCCACCGUCGUCUCCACCGCCGACUCGGCAAUCGACGACGACGCGAGCUCGCGUCCGCCCUCGGCCGCUGCCCCGCCAUCUCCCCAUCCCGCCUCGACUCGCCUCGACUCGCCGACCUCGACCUCGCCGGCAUCGCCCCUCGCCUCGCCCACCACCGCCGCCGCCGCUGCCGCCAACCCGCAUCCCCUCGUCUGCCUUUCAUCCGCUUCGACCUCGGUCACCAUUUCGUCGGCGACGGUCGCCUCGUCGCAUCCGGCGCUCCCUCCGCAGCUCCGCGACGUGCCGCUCAAGAUAACGUACACCGUGACCGGCAACCCCGAUCCUCGUGCCCCGGUGGUCUAUGUUGCACCUUCGAUGUCGGCCCCGCCACACCCCUCCGCUCCUGAGCCAUGCGCCGCACACGCCCCCCAUCCGUGGCCAGGAUCGGGCUGGUGGUCGCAUGUCGUCCACCCAGGCCCGUCCGCCGGCAUCGACACCUCGAUCUUCCGUGUCAUCUCGGCCGCUCCGCUCGGCUCACCCUUUGGCUCGACAGCUCCAAACGCUUGGCCUCCUCCCGACGCUGAGCCGUCGGCGGCCCAGCCCAGCAAGGCGAGUGCCGACCGCGAGCUGCUGGCGUCCGAGUUCCCCGUCAUCACGCCUGGCGGACAGGCAGCGGCCGUCCACGCCCUCCUCACCGAGCCGGAGCUCGGCCUUGCGCCGCAGGGCCUGCAUGCGCUUGUGGGCGGAUCUAUGGGCGGCAUGCUUGUCCUGGCCUACGCCGCCCUCUUCCCCUCGGCCUACCGCAGGGCGGUGGCCCUCGCCACCACCGGCGAGACCUCGCCGGCCACGGUCGCGCUGCGGUCGGUCCAACGGACGGUCCUUGGCGCGGCGCUAGCCUCGGGCGAGGCAAACGCGGUGAGUGCAGCUAUGCGGGCAGUGAGGAUGAUGGGUAUGGUCGGCUACAGGUCGCGGGCAGAGUUUGAUGAGCGCUUUGCCUGGCGCCCAGUCUCGGCUACCGCACAUCCCUCGCAGCCGCCGGUCUUCGAGGUCGAGGACUACCUCUCCCAUCACGCCGACAAGUUUGUAGCUCAAGCGUAUGAUCCAAAGUGCUACCUGGCACUCUCGCAGUGCAUGGAUCUGAUGUCGCUGCCGGCGCUGAUGGGCGUGGCCGAGGAGGGUUCGGGGCCGCGGGCCAGGGCUCGGUCCAUGGCCGCCGCCCUCGGCCACAUCCCGCCCUCCAAGCAGUUUCUCCUCCUGGCCUACGCCACAGACUUUCUCAUCCCGCCGUCCGAGCUUGAGCGGGUGGCGGUUGCUCUGGGAUCGGCUGGCACCCCGGUCCACUUUGAGACGCUCGAUGCCGUCUUUGGCCACGACGCGUUCAUCAUCCCCUCCGAGGGCCCUGCACUCAACGUCCGCCUACGGACCUUCCUCGCGCCAUCCGGUGGCGUGCAUGGCGUCCGCGAGCUGGUCAAGGCACAGACCCACUAG